AUGUCUCCGUACAAACUUGUAUAUGGGAAAGCGUGCCACCUGCCAGUGGAAUUGGAGCACCGAGCUUAUUGGGCAGCCAAAAAGCUCAAUUUCGAUCAAACAACCACUGGCGAUCGUCGAUUGCUUCAACUCAACGAAAUGGAGGAGUUCAGAAACGAUGCUUACGAGAAUGCCAAUAUUUACAAAGAAAAGACGAAAAAGUGUCAUGACAAAAGGAUUACAAAGCGAGAGUUCCGGGCAGGUGACCAAGUCCUGCUAUUCAAUUCUCGGCUACGACUAUUUCCGGGAAAGCUCAAGUCCCGUUGGUCAGGACCAUUCGUAGUCCUGAGCGCAACCCCACAAGGAGUUAUCGAAAUAUGA